AUGGAGAAUGCCCUCAAGUUGUCGGCGCUCGGUUCCGCUUCCCUGCUGUUCGUUGCACCCAUCCAUGAGUUCGAGGAGGUGAGACGAAGCAAGCACGUCGGCGAACGAUCUGUCUUUCCCUUCGUCUGCAUGUGGGCCAGCUCGACCCUAUGGUUAAUUUACGGGCUCUUCAUCGGAGACAUAGUCCCGACCGUCGUAACGAACCUCUUGGGGUUGGCGUGCUCUUGCUACUACUGCGCCGUGUACGCGUGGGCGGUGGAGCCGGCGUCGAGAAAGUCUAGCACCUACAACCUCUUCGCGGCAACGUUUCUCGGGAUCUGCGUGGUGGUGACUUUCUGCCUAGGCACCUUCUCCCCACGACCGGAGUCCUGGGUGUCGAUGCAGGACGCCGACAGCACGGACAGCGGGGGGGACGAGAGGGCGCAGCGCUUUCUGGGGAUAGCCGCGUCGGCCGCGACGGCUAUCCAGUACGGCGCCCCUCUGGCGGAGCUGGUCAAGGUGAUACGCCGGAGGUCAACAGAGGGGAUGUCGCUCGCGCUAGCGGUGGUUUCGUUGGUCUGUUCGACGCUGUGGAUGUCCUACGGAGUGAUGCUGGUCAACGCCUUCAUCUACGUACCCAACGUGUUGGGGGUCUGCUUCAGCGUUACCCAGUUCCACUUCCACGUCGAGCCUUGACCCCCCUGAACCCCCGGAAUUCCCCCUCGUCCCUCAGCGGCUGGGUUUCCGGACGAAUAGCAGCUGUAUGCAUGGUGCACUGCUUUUAGUCUUGUAUUAUGUCGGUCGGAUUGAUUUAAAAGUAUAAUACAUUGCUGCUGUAUGGCGCGGGGGGUGGGGGGAAAUUUUGCCUUAUUCUGUGGCGUGGUGGCCCAACCCGCCCAGUCACCACCCACCCCGCUCCUGUUACUUGAUGAGUUUCGGUUACCUGUACUGUUUUGUUUGUUGCCUGCUUUGCUUUACGUUCGAAGAACGGAAAAGGUUACGCAUGCGUAACGCGUUUUAUGCGUGCGUAUUGCUUGUAAAGAACGAUGUAAAUUUUGAGCACGUUUACUGUCUGCACGGCCAAUCGCGCCGGGACCCGCAUCACCAUCACUAUGCACCUGCCAAGUGCCAACGUGCGCACGGAGCGAGAGAUGGUCUACAGGACGGGGUAGGUAGAUAGCGCAGACACGUGUGAUUUUGGACUGCCGCUGCGGCUGGCAUCUUUUGCACGCGGCUGGAAUGCGAGAGCCCCGUGUAGGCGUAUCGCGGUUGCUGCGGUGGAUGGGUUGUGUGCGUGUGCGUGUUUCAUGGUGGUGGGGGGUAGCGUUUCCCCCACACCGGGCGCCGUUGGUUGUUGUCGUCGUGUAUGAUUUCAACCUGUGUUCGAUCAUUUUCCUGUUGUUACGGUACGGGUGUGUUUGUUCUGUGAAGGACGUGACAGGGGGCACUCGCAUCGCGCCAGAGGGGGGCCCAUUCCGAUUCGAGUCACCAAGCCUGACCUCUGCUUGCUAGACCUUUCCCUUGUCCCCACGCGGAGCACACCUGACCCGCCGGGGGGAAUGAAUGGGUGUGAUUUGCUGGUGUUGUGUUUUACAUCAUUGUUUUCCGUGUUGUCCAUGUUUGCAACCAAUGAUGGUGCUCUCCGGGGACACGCGCCGGGAUGGGGGUAAAAAGGGGGGCAGAGAGGCAUGGCGUAGCAAACGACUCGACUCUAUCUCGACUUGAUGGAUCGAUUGAGGCCGCCAACACAGCAGGAAUAAACUUGUCCAUAUCCAGCUGAUGUCGUGGCGUUGGUGGUUAUGUCGGAGUUUGUGUGUUUUCUCAAAGGGUGACAGAUACUAUAAAUCACGUCGUGCGCGUGUGUGUGGGUUCUCGUUCUUUUUUUUUUUUUUCGUUUUCAUCAUAGUGAAAGGUUCUGAUUCGAGUUCCUAAAAUGUUGCAGGUGUUUUUGGUGCUGCGGCUGUAGUUCGAGGUCUGCCCCCCCAAGACUCUCAAUUCGUUUGCAAUUUUUGGUUUUUAGGGGUUCUGUCGACUGGGAUGAACGGACGGACAAUCAAAGCAAGAGAUGUUUAGCAGCUACAAUAACCGUGCUCGAAUACACGAUAAAAUGCCUACCUUACCAUUUUGAACGCAGUUACAAGCGUUAGGCGUGGACCGCUUAUGCGGAAACAACUGUGUACUCCCUUUUCUAGCUUUGUUCCUAUGCAUUACCCGAUGCAUGGUUCAACUAUAUUUUAUUUGUGUAAACUACUAGUCUAGUAUUAUUUUUUUAUCUGUAGUCUAAUACAUCCACAGCAGUGAUACUGGUAUACAUAUAUUCGGCGCCUCGUUGCCUUGCUUCCGUACGAAGGUGGGGCGAGAUUGGUGUGGUAUACGGUAUGGGAAG